AAAGAUUACUAGGUAGGUUCACAGUAUCAAUCACACAUACAUAAUAUACACGCGUAUACACAAUACUUCCUUGCGCUCACUCCACAAUCCACCAUAUAUAACGUGUCACCUUCUUGUUUUGCAUGGCACUUUGUCUUUAACAACAACCAAGUCAAUUCUUUAACAAGCUUCUCGUACCUUCCCCUGUUUUUAUGACCCUCUGCUUUCGUUUUUUUGGUUAUGGCGGUUCAUAGCAAAAACAUGUUUUCCAUUGUUCUAUCUUUGUGGUCAUGGUUGUUGUUGCUGCUCACUCUGGACGGUUUAGUUGCAAGACCGAACCAUCUAGAGUGGGACCCUGUGAUUAGAUUGCCGGGUGAGGUGGUGGAUGAUGCUGAGGUGGAUGAAGUUGGAACACGAUGGGCUGUUCUUGUGGCUGGUUCAAGUGGUUACGGCAAUUACAGACAUCAAGCAGAUGUUUGUCAUGCAUACCAGUUGUUGAUAAAAGGUGGAGUGAAAGAAGAAAACAUAGUUGUGUUUAUGUAUGAUGAUAUAGCUAACAACGAGUUGAAUCCUAGGCCUGGAGUUAUCAUCAACCAUCCACAGGGACCCAAUGUUUAUGUCGGCGUUCCUAAGGAUUACACUGGCGACAACGUGACAGCUGAGAACCUAUACGCUGUUAUUCUUGGAGACAAGAGUAAAGUAAAGGGUGGAAGUGGCAAGGUCAUCAACAGCAAAUCCGAAGAUAGGAUAUUCAUAUAUUACUCCGACCAUGGAGGCCCUGGAGUUCUUGGGAUGCCAAAUAUGCCGUAUGUAUAUGCUAUGGAUUUUAUCGACGUUUUGAAGAAGAAACAUGCAUCUGGGGGUUACAAAAAGAUGGUUGUAUACAUUGAAGCUUGUGAAAGUGGUAGCAUGUUUGAGGGUGUCAUGCCAAAGGAUCUUAAUGUUUAUGUGACAACUGCAUCCAAUGCACAAGAGAGUAGUUGGGGAACAUACUGUCCUGGGGUGGAACCUGCCCCACCUCCAGAGUACAUCACUUGCCUUGGGGAUUUGUAUAGUGUUGCUUGGAUGGAAGACAGUGAGUCGCACAAUCUAAAAAGGGAAACGGUGAAACAACAAUACAAGUCGGUUAAAGAACGGACUUCAAAUUACAACAACUAUGCAUUAGGCUCUCAUGUGAUGCAAUAUGGUGAUACCAACAUUACAGAUGAAAAGCUAUAUUUGUACCAAGGUUUUGAUCCUGCAACGGUGAACCUUCCUCCACACAAUGACAAAUUAGAAUCUAAAAUGGAAGUUGUAAACCAAAGAGAUGCAGAGAUUUUAUUCAUGUGGGAAAUGUAUAAGAGAUUAGAUCAUCAAACGGAAAAGAAAAGAGAAAUCCUUGAGAAGAUUGCGGAGACGGUGAAACAUAGGAAUCAUUUAGAUGGUAGUGUGGAAUUGAUUGGAGUUUUACUGUUUGGUCCAACAAAAGGUUCUUCAGUUCUACAGGCCGUAAGAGCGACUGGCCUACCUCUUGUUGAUGAUUGGGAAUGCUUAAAAUCAAGGGUUCGGUUGUUUGAAACUCAUUGUGGGUCACUGACCCAGUAUGGGAUGAAACACAUGCGAGCAUUUGCAAACAUUUGCAACAGUGGUAUUUCCGAGGAUUCUAUGGAGAAGGCAUGCAUGGUAGCAUGUGGUGGGUAUAAAUUAGAGCUAUUACAUCCAUCAAACAGAGUUUAUAGUGCUUGAUUUUGUGUGGUACAGUACAUGAUACAAUCUUAGCAGCUCUCAGAUGAUGGAAUACUCGUGAAUUGCGAAAUCACUGGUUUCUGCUGUUUGUGUAAAUAAAAACUUGUUCCCUAUAUGUUCAAUAUAAUGUGUAAGCAGGUAAGCCUAAGAUAAGGUAGAAACUGUUGGUUAGGAAUAGGUUGUGUAAGCAAGCACAACACAAAAUAUGUGGAUAAUGUUAUUUGCAAUUGUGAGAAUGGUUGGGUAAGGAUGAUUGUAUUAGUAUUUUGGUAAGUGUAAAUAAAUGAGUUUGUGAUGCUUUUCUAAUAA